CUUCCUCCUUAGCCGAUCACACUCACUCACUCAACUCACAGGAAUCCGAGGCGAGAACAAAGAAAAAAAAAACAUGGAGGGGAAGGAGCAGGAUGUGUCGUUGGGAGCGAACAAGUUCCCAGAGAGACAACCGAUUGGUACGGCGGCGCAGAGCCAAGACGACGGCAAGGACUACCAGGAGCCACCGCCAGCGCCGCUUUUCGAGCCCUCAGAGCUUACGUCAUGGUCGUUCUACAGAGCAGGGAUAGCAGAGUUUGUAGCAACUUUUCUGUUUCUCUACAUCACCAUCUUAACCGUCAUGGGUGUCCUUAGGUCUCCCUCCAAGUGCCAAUCCGUUGGUAUUCAAGGAAUCGCUUGGGCCUUCGGUGGCAUGAUCUUCGCCCUCGUUUACUGCACCGCCGGAAUCUCAGGGGGUCACAUAAACCCUGCGGUUACCUUUGGGCUGUUCUUGGCAAGGAAAUUGUCGUUGACCAGAGCGUUGUUCUACAUAGUGAUGCAAGUGUUGGGUGCCAUCGCUGGCGCUGGAGUGGUGAAGGGUUUCGAGGGAAAAACCAGAUACGGUGCGUUGAACGGUGGUGCCAACUUUGUUGCCAAAGGUUACACAAAAGGUGACGGACUCGGUGCUGAAAUCGUUGGCACCUUUAUCCUUGUUUACACCGUUUUCUCAGCCACCGAUGCCAAACGUAGCGCCAGAGACUCUCACGUCCCCAUUCUGGCACCUUUACCAAUUGGGUUCGCCGUGUUCUUGGUUCACUUGGCCACCAUCCCCAUCACCGGAACCGGUAUCAACCCUGCUCGUAGUCUCGGUGCUGCCAUCAUCUUCAACAAAGACCUUGGCUGGGACGAUCACUGGAUCUUCUGGGUGGGACCAUUCAUCGGUGCGGCUCUCGCUGCCCUCUACCACCAGGUCGUAAUCCGCGCCAUUCCCUUCAAGUCGAAGUGAUCGAAUCCAACGGUUCACGGUUAAGCAAUCAAGUUGGGGAAAAAAAUCAAGCAAUGUUUGUGGGUUUUUCGGUUUCAUUUAUCAAAUGAUCUGUUUUAUCCUUUUUUUUUCUUUUAAUUUAAAAAGUGUUGUAUUCUGUAUGUAAAGAUGUAAACUUAUGAUUAUUAGGUGGUGCAUGUGUCGCGUAAUGGGCCAGAGUUAUCCUCUGCUUUUAAGUUGGAAGAGGCCCAGCUCAUGUGUGAUGUACGGCUGUGAUUGUGUAUUAUUAUGCAAAAUCAAAAAUAACACCAGAGUCAUUUAUGCA